GAACCCAUGUUGAGCCGCGCGGUGCCACCACCACGCCACGAUUUGAUCUUGCUUGGCGGCCCCAGCACCGGAAAAACGCACAUGGCUUUAUCCUUGCAGAAUCAUUUUAAUCCUGCAAGUACGCAGCAGUGUGCCUUCAUGAACUCCGCCUCUCGCUUGGUCCAUGGGCGCACCUUGCACUCCGCGUUCCACUUGCCCCGGGACGGCUGGACUGCGAGCGCACGAGCUUUGGGCAAGGAGAAAGAAGCUUUGCUCGCCACAUGGAAGCAUGCGCAAGUCCUAGCACUCGAUGAAGUCUCCAUGAUCCCUGCAGAUUUGUUUGCUGACGCGGAAUUCCGCUCUGGCCAGGUCAAAAACGCUUCUCAUAUUCCUUGGGGAGGAUUGACACUUCUGUGCAGCGGCGACUACAUGCAACUGCCGCCCGUCGCUGCCGCAAGCCUGGCUGCCCCGCUCGUUGUCGACUUGGUGCCCGAUGCAGCCGAGCGAGGCGAGCCAGCGCGGCAGAAGGAUCUUGCGGCAGUGCGUGGCCAGGCGCUGUGGCAAGCCAUUGAUUCCUGCAUCAUUUUGGACAAGCCUCAUCGAGCACAUGGUCCUCUCCAGCAGUUCUUGACGGAGAUGCGUGCAGGACCCCCGCACAGCAGCCCGGCUUCUGGUCGAGCGACGCUCGCGUUGGCGUCCUCCGCCAUCGCGCGCGCUAUUGCUGGCUUGCAACGUUCUCAACACCUUGCGCGGCUGGCUGGUCAGCGCUUGCUGGUCUGCAUCGCUGUAGAUGCUUGUCGCACGAGUCGAAGUUCUAUUCUGACGUACCCGCAGCUCCUCCAAUACCUUUGCACCUUGCCCAACUUGACUGAGACCAAAAAUUUGCCUGGGGUGCUCUUUCUUUGGCGAGGAUGUCACCUGACACUGGAGAGCAAAAUCUCCGAAGAACACGGUCUUAUCCGCGGGUGCCCAGGCAUUUUGCGUACUGCACUCUUGCGCGAAGACGAGCCAGAGUUCGACAACAACGCAGAGCUGCUGCCACAUGUCCUUGCUUUCUUGCCCCGUGGAUUGAUCAUUCACAUCCCAGACAGACAUUUUCAGCAGAGUGCUCUGCUUUCCGUCGGCGAUUGCCUCCUCGAGCCUGUCACAUGGGAUUUUGCACACCGUUGCACACCCGCAGCUCUGGCGCAGUUUCCGGCUGAUAUUGGUGAGGCCUUAGCCAGCGCGCCGUUGACUGUCACGCGACGGCAAUUUCCCUGCACCAACGCCUUGGCGGCCACUGUGUAUUCUCUGCAAGGUCAGACGCUCGAGGCUAUGAUCGCCGACUUUGCUCGUCCGCCUGGCAUGGGCCGAGUCCGGCCCUCAGUCGCAGACGCGC